AUGUCUGAGAUAAAUCUGGUGAAAUACACGAAGAAACUGUUGCCUCCCAACGAUGGUACAACCCUGACGCCGUCUGAGUUGCAUGAUGCUAUUGUUAUUAUCAUGAAACUAUUACAGGGACUAGGAACUAGUGGUGCUGGUGGUAUUCCCGACGAUGUACAACAAUUGCCAUUGAUGGUGAAGAUUUCUAGUUUCUUGACAGCUUUAAGAACUAGUGGAUUAGAUCAUAAAGCUGAAUAUAUAGCCGAAGCUGCUAAAGCAGUCUUAGAAUUCUCACGAUUGGUGGAUUUACCAAAUGUACCAGACAAAAAUAAGAAGAUGAAUAUCCUAGAUAUUGUUGGUACAGGGGGAGAUGGUCAAAAUACGUUUAAUGUCUCAACGUCUGCUGCCAUUGUUGCAUCAGGGAUUCCACAUUUAAAGAUUUGUAAACAUGGUGGGAAGGCAUCUACAUCGAAUAGUGGUGCUGGUGAUUUGAUUGGUAAGCUAGGUUGUGAUAUUGCUAAAGUUACUCCACAAAGCGUACCACAACUGUGGAACGAUAAUGAUUUCUUAUUUUUAUUAGCACCAUAUUUUCAUGAUGGAAUGUCUCUAAUGGCUCCAUUAAGGAAGUUAUUAGGUAUCCCAACAAUUUUCAAUGUAUUGGGACCAUUAUUACAUCCAGUAGAUCACGUUAAUAAACGUGUCCUAGGAGUUUACUCACAUGAUUUAGGCGAAGAAUAUGUUAAAGCUGCAGCCAUAGUAUACCCUAAUAGUGAAAUCUUUGUUGUUUGGGGGAAUGUCGGAUUAGAUGAAGUAUCACCUAUUGGGAAAACUACAGUUUGGCAUUUUAAAAAAGAUAAUGAAUAUCAACAAAACAUUUUCGAAAAAUUUAAUAUUGAAUCCUCAAUGUUUGGCCUUCAAGAACAUUCUUUAUCAGAUUGUAUUUCAUUAGGUCCUGCUGAAAAUGCACGUAUCUUAAGAGAUGAAAUUCUUUCUGGGAAAUACAAGUUAGGUGACAAUCACCCAAUAUACGACUACAUCCUAAUGAAUACCGCUGUACUAUACUGUUUAGCCGUGGGUAACCAUGAUUGGAAAGCUGGUGUGCAGAUGGCAGAAGCCAGUAUACAAUCUGGUGCAGCAUUACAAUCUUUACAACAUUUUAUAAAUUCUGUUCAGUCUUUGUAA